AUGUUUGAAGAGGUGGCUAUACGUUGCCUCGGGCUAACUCCUGAGGAGGCCCAGGGCACCUUCCGCGCGGUAGACCUGGACGAGAAAGGGUAUAUUACUUACGAUAAUGCUGGCAACUUGUACAUUGAGAUGUUUGAAGAGGUGGCUAUACGUUGCCUCGGGCUGACUUCUGAGGAGGCCCAGGGCACCUUCCGUGCGGUAGACCUGGAUGAGAAAGGGUACAUCACUUACGAUAUUGCUGGAAACAUCCACAUUGGGACCUUCGAAGAGGUGGUUACGCGCUGCCUCGGGCUGACUCCUGAGGAGGCCCAGGGAACCUUCCGCGCGGUAGACCUGGACGAGAAUGGGUACAUCACUUAUGAUAAUGCUGGCAACUUGUUCAUUGAGAUGUUUGAGGAGGUGGCUAUACGUUGCCUCGGGCUAACUCCUGAGGAGGCCCAGGGCACCUUCCGCGCGGUGGACCUGGACGAGAAAGGGUACAUCACUUACGAUAUUGCUGGCAACUCCUACAUUAAGACCUUCGAAGAGGUGGCUACGCGCUGCCUCGGGCUGACUCCUGAGGAGGCCCAGGGCACCUUCCAUGCGGUAGACCUGGAUGAGAAAGGGUAUAUUACUUACGAUAUUGCUGGAAACAUCCACAUUGGGACCUUCGAAGAGGUGGCUACCCGCUGCCUCGGGCUGACUUCUGAGGAGGCCCAGGGCACCUUCCGCGCGGUGGACCUGGAUGAGAAAGGGUACAUCACUUACGAGGUGGUUACGCGUUGCCUCGGGCUGACUCCUGAGGAGGCCCAGGGUACCUUCCGUGCGGUAGACCUGGACGAGAAAGGGUACAUCACUUACGAGGUGGCUACGCGCUGCCUCGGGCUGACUUCUGAGGAGGCCCAGGGCACCUUCCGCGCGGUAGACUUGGACGAGAAAGGGUACAUCACUUACGGUGAGUUCAAUGUUCAAGACUCUAUGAGAUAA